AUGCUGUUCGAGGACCAGCGAUUCCUUCAUGAGGACUUGGAGAGGCUGGAGCAAGCCGUCGCCGAUCGCGUGGCUGAGAAUCCCUCAAAUAUCCGACAUCGUCUCGCUCGCGACCAUGAGCUUGCGAGGCUCCUAACAAGAAUCGAGGAGCAGUCUCAGCGCCUCUUGGAGAUCUACAAGGAUGCCGACGGACUUCGUGAGAAGGAAGCGCAGAUGAUCUCGACAGGAGAUCAGUUCGAAGAGUUCUACAAACAGUUGGAUGGAAUCAAGGAUUUCCACAAACGGUACCCGAAUGAGCCGGUUGAGAAUCUCGAGCGCGCAUACAAGCGCCGUCAACCUGGCGAGGGCGAAACGCCACGCAUGGAAAUUGAUACCAUGUUUACCGGCGAAGAGGCAUAUGGGCAGUUCCUGGAUUUGACGAUGAAUCAUGAACAAUACUUGAACCUACCAGGAGUGAAGCGGCUGGCAUAUACCCAAUACCUCGGUGUCUUUGACGUUUUCACACCACCUACAAUGAACAUCAAGCGGAAAGACAAGGUUUCUGAUAAGUACUUCCGCUACGUCAGCGAACUUGCCAGUUACCUCGAAGGGUUUAUUAAACGAGUGCGCCCUUUGCAAGAUCUCGACAAGCUAUUCGCGGCUUUCGAUGAAGAAUUUGACACCCAGUGGUCGGCGAAGGAGGUUCCGGGUUGGACGAACGAGAAGGCAGAGAACGGUGCGUCCGGCCCACAGACGGAGGGAACAGGAGCAGGAAUCUGGUGUGCGGACUGCGAAAAGGAAUUCAAUAACGAGAACGUCUAUCGGAAUCACUUGACCGGCAAGAAACACAUACGGGCUGCCGCGGCGAAGAAGGCCGCUGGUGUAUCGGGCGAGCAGUCAUCUGCACCUAUUAGCAACGGCUCAUCUUCAUUCAGUUUCAAGGAACGCGCAGUUGCCGAGCGCGAACAUCGCAUCCGAUGCUUGUCGAAGGAGCUCGAAUCAAAGCGGAAAGCGACUCGGGACAAUGUGGAGCGCAGACAGGCUAUGACUGAGCGGGAGCGCCAAGCGGAUAAUGAAGCCAUGAUGGCUGAUCCCGAAGAUUAUGUGGACGGUGGCGACCGGGAUCAGUCGGAUGAGGAGGACUCCGAUAGACUUUACAACCCGUUGAAGUUGCCGUUGGCAUGGGAUGGCAAGCCUAUUCCAUACUGGCUGUACAAGCUACAUGGCCUCGGUGUCGAAUAUCCGUGUGAAGUCUGCGGUAACUACGUCUACAUGGGCCGUCGGGCUUUCGAUAAGCAUUUCUCUGAAGCUUUGCACAUCUACGGACUGAAGUGCUUGGGUAUCACAUCGAACACGAACCUUUUCCGGGAAAUUACCCGCAUUGAAGACGCUGUGCGACUCUGGGAGAAGCUUGAACAGGACCGCAAGAGGGACCGUGACUCCCGCGACAAUGUCGUGCAGAUGGAGGAUGCUGAGGGCAAUGUCAUGCCAGAGAGGAUCUACUUGGAGUCAGUUGCACCCUUAUCACUACAGACUCACGCAUAUUCUAACUUCCUUACAGUCUUCAAAAGCAGGGUAUUCUCUAGCCUCCAGGCGGGUCAUUUGCUUCGUUCGAUCAUGGCCCUUUGGGGUCGCUGUGUUAAUAUUAUACAAAAGGAUUGGAGUUCGGCGAAUAUCAUGGGUGGUCCCCAGUGA